AUGACCACAGAGUUGUCUUAAAUCCUAACCCAGAUCUUUCUCUCUUAAAUCCUAAUCUCUCUUUCUCUCCUCUCUCUCUUAAAUCCUAUUGUAGAUCUCUCUCUUAAAUCCUAUGGCUCAGUGUCGGAUGAAUUAGUCCUUGCUUUCUCUCACUAACCCACUUUGCCAUUCCUCGGCUCAGAGGCGAAGAAAACAUGAAAAUGGAUGAUGCCAAAGAGAAGGAGAACACUGUUGAAGGGCAUAUGGAUGAAGAUUUCUCGGAGGAAGAUACAGACACUUUAGAUAAAAAUGGUAAAGGAAAUGAGGAAGAGAGUGCUAACAUGCCAUCUUGCCAAGCAGAGGAGGAAGUGAUUAAGAAAAAAUAUGGAGGAAUCAUACCAAAAAAGCCUCCUCUCAUUUCCAAGGACCAUGAACGUGCUUUCUUUGAUUCUGCUGAUUGGGCACUUGGAAAGCAAGGUGCACCUGCAGGCCAGAAGCCAAAAGGUCCACUGGAGGCUCUUCGGCCUAAACUUCAGCCUACCCCACACCAGCAGGUUCGUUCGAGGCGAUCAGCUUAUGCCCGUGCUGAUGGCGAAGAAGGAGGUGCUUCUGAGGAUCCAAGCUGCAAUGAGUGAGAGGAUUUUAUGGCAUUGGCAAACAUUUUCUUGUCUCCUAUUGUUUAUUUCCUUCCACAUAAAUGAGGCCAAUAGUGGUUCCUCUGUAUUUUAUACUGUAUGAGUUAUUUCUCUUCUAUGCCUGGUGUUAUAUUAUGAUGUGAUGGGGGACUUCAUUGUUCCUUUAUCGAUUUACACUCUCUACUCCGGUA